GUUCAGUGUGUUUGUGCUGUUGGUGUUUGCCUUGGCCAUUGACAAACGUUACAAUGUUAAUUGCGGCAGCUUAGUUGCAGGCCACCACAAAACAAGAACAACGAACGGAAGAACAGGCCACUUAAACCGGAAAUAGACCAUUAAACGUCCACACACUCACACACAACGAACACACACACAAAGGCAUCAUAUGGUGCGAAAGCCAAGCAGCUAAACAACAAACGUGGCUCUCUUUCUCUCUGCUGCUACUGCUGCUGCGGCUGCUACUGCUGCUCUCUCUCAAGGUCGUCGGCUCAACACAGAAGACGCCAGCAACGAACUCAACUCCACCCGCAACACGCCGCAACUCGAGCCGCAACACGCAACAAGCAACUGCGACGGCGACGCAACACACAGCCAUUAGCCCUCCAAUCGCCAGCGAGCAGAAUCAGUUUUCGGCCAGUAUUCAACGCGAAUGCAAGUGAGGUAAAUUGCGAGCGCUUAAAAGUAGGCAACACUUACGGCAAGCGGAAACGGAAGUAAACACUCGUUGGCGCGCACACUUAGUUGAAAUUCAAACGCCUCACAACCGAAACAAUCUAGCGAUCAGAUCGACAAGAUCUAAGCAGGCUAAUUAUAUCGAAGAGCAUCGAAGAUCUGAUAAAACGAAGAUUAUUUAUCUACGCGCGCGUUGUAAUAAAAAAGAGUUAAAGUGCAUUUCCUAAAUAUACCAACCUUUUUAACUCCGUUUGUUGCAUUGGAUCAACGAUCACCGUUGACGGUGGAUUCCUCCUGCCCCAAACGGAAAAAAUGCGAUAUGGAUCGAGAGCGAGAAAGAGAUGUCAAGGCCCUGGAGCCACGCGACUUGUCCUCCACGGGCCGAAUUUACGCCAGAAGCGACAUUAAAAUCAGCUCCUCGCCCACCGUCUCGCCAACGAUCUCAAACUCCUCUUCGCCCACACCGACGCCACCCGCCAGUUCCUCAGUGACGCCGCUGGGAUUGCCCGGAGCGGUGGCAGCUGCUGCUGCCGCCGCUGCCGUCGGAGGCGCCUCCUCGGCGGGGGCCAGUUCCUAUUUGCACGGCAACCACAAGCCCAUCACCGGGAUACCGUGUGUGGCUGCCGCCUCCCGCUACACGGCCCCCGUUCACAUCGACGUGGGCGGGACCAUCUACACCAGCUCGCUGGAGACACUCACCAAGUAUCCGGAGUCGAAGCUGGCCAAGCUCUUCAACGGCCAGAUACCCAUCGUACUGGACUCGCUGAAGCAGCACUAUUUCAUCGAUCGCGACGGGGGCAUGUUCCGCCACAUUCUGAACUUUAUGAGAAACUCAAGACUUCUGAUUGCCGAGGACUUUCCGGACCUGGAGCUGCUGCUGGAGGAGGCCCGCUACUACGAGGUGGAGCCGAUGAUUAAGCAGCUGGAGAGCAUGCGCAAGGAUCGCGUACGCAACGGCAACUAUUUGGUGGCGCCACCCACUCCACCGACUCGCCACAUCAAGACGAGCCCGAGGACCAGCGCAUCGCCGGAGUGCAAUUACGAGGUAGUGGCGCUGCACAUCUCGCCGGACCUUGGCGAGCGCAUUAUGCUGUCGGCGGAACGGGCUCUGCUCGACGAGCUCUUCCCGGAGGCCAGCCAGGCGACACAGUCGAGUCGCAGCGGAGUGUCCUGGAACCAGGGCGACUGGGGGCAAAUCAUCCGCUUCCCCCUCAACGGCUACUGCAAGCUGAACUCGGUGCAGGUGCUCACGCGGCUGCUCAACGCCGGCUUCACCAUCGAGGCCAGCGUUGGGGGCCAGCAGUUCUCCGAGUAUCUGCUGGCACGACGCGUCCCAAUGUGAUAGGCCCUGGCUCUGGCUGCCCCAUCUCCCCAGGAAGCGGCAGCAGUGGCUUCUGUUUCCGGUUCCGGUUCCGUUUCGGGUUCGGGUUCGGGUUUGGGUUCGGGCUCCCCGCGACGCGGUCGCCUGAUCCAUGUGCGUUGCAGGCGCUAAUUCCAGCUCGCGGGGGCCUACGGGUGGGUCGGGGUUAGGUGACCAAAAAUCACCGAAGGAGAAUAUAAUCUUUGAACAAAGUAUGUGUAGAAAAUCACGAUUAAGCCACGACAAAUGCCGUAUCAUAUUUACGGAAUCAAAAAUAAUACCAUUCAGUUUCUUCCAAAAUAUGUAUGGUUUCUAUGGUGUAAGUCGAUGCAACAUUAGUCGAAGAACAACAUGAUAUUUUUCCUUUUCCUGGCAUUUUUAAGCCAAUUCAAAAGUUCUUUGUUAACUACGUUAAUAUAAAAUUGCAGUGUGCUAUUUGGUUUCGGCGGAACGUAUGAAAAUUAAUAUUUUUCCAACCAUUCCAAAGUGAUUACCAAAAUUUGACGUAGCUUAAACGUGACUUUGAAAUAAUAGUACCACACAGAUAUCAUUUUCUGAACUGUUCAUAGAUUUAAAUCCAUAUAACUCGAUCCACCCUCAUUGGGGGGCUGCGCAUUGCUGCUCUGAGCAGCUUGUCUUUUAGAAUUAUUUAGACAACAUUCGCUGCUCAGUUAGCUCUGAAUCUGAAUCCAAAUGUUAUUUAAUGUUUAUCAAUUAAGUUUGCUGGCACAGACACUGGACACAAACACACUCGUGCGUAUUAUUAAGCAUUUAGAGAGCCAAGAGCCCAGCACUGAUUUUGUUUAUUAGCCUUGCGUUUAAGUCGAAUAUUGUUUUCUCUAAGUGUACCACCUACUGCUGAUGACCUUGAGUUGUUCCAUUCGAAUCGAAUCGGCCAGGAAAAGUAGCUGGCUUAAAUUAUUGUAACCCACACACACAAACACACACACUGAAAACUAUGGUAGAGUAACAUUAACUCAAGAUCAACUCACAGCGAAAAUAGUUUUGUAGUACUUAAUUGAUGUAAUUGAACCUUUAUGAAUGUAAACUAUGGGAUAACUUUUUCAAUAUAUAGGAACCGACGUCUAAAUAGUCUACACCAAUUCAAAUACAAUUACAUGCAAAUAUAGAUAUAUUCAACAAAAUACAGUUUGCGACCACGCCCCUCUAUAGAACAACCACUCAAUUGAAUAUUUAAAUAAAGCAAAAAAUACGUGUAA